CGACCGUAGAUCCGGGUUUUAGCGCUCGUUUGUGGAGUCAGGAUUGUAAAGCUCUGUAGGCCGCAGUGUCUAAGAUCAACAACAACAACAUGGCCGAUGAUUUGGACAUCGAAGCAAUGCUCGAGGCUCCAUAUAAAAAGACUUGCCUAUAUCUCACCUCUACUCCCAUGAAUUCCAGUGUGAACUGUCAAAAAAAUGAAGGAUGACAUCAAGUCCAUAAGUACCAAUGGCCACGAGGAGCGGAGCAAGAAAAAAAAGAAGAGCAAGAGUCGCAGCAGGAGCCGGGAGAAGAAGAGAAGCAAGAGUCGCGACCGCAAGAAGAGUCAUGACCACAGGAGGAGCCGCAGCAGAGAGCGGAAGCGCAGCCGCAGCAGGGAGAGACGCCGCAGCCGAUCCAGGAGCAGGGAGCGUGGCGGGCGCUACAGAGCUCCGUUUUCUGGCCUGAAAUUUAACGGUGGUCCCAGAGGGAAGACUGGCCCACCUCCUGCCAUCAAACUAAGUCGUAGAAGGUCUAGGAGCCGCAGUCCAUUCAAGAAAGACAAAAGCCCUAUAAGACAGCCUAUUGAUAAUCUCACCCCUGAGGAAAGGGAUGCGCGCACAGUGUUCUGCAUGCAGCUGGCAGCUAGAAUCCGACCACGAGACCUGGAGGAAUUCUUUUCUGCAGUGGGAAAAGUGAGAGAUGUGCGAAUCAUCUCUGACAGAAACUCCAGAAGAUCCAAAGGAAUUGCUUACAUUGAGUUUGUAGAUUCCACCUCUGUACCUUUGGCAAUCGGUCUGUCUGGUCAAAGACUUCUUGGAGUACCAAUCAUUGUCCAGGCUUCACAGGCUGAGAAGAACAGAGCAGCUGCAUUGGCCAACAACUUACAGAAGGGCAGUUCUGGACCUAUGAGACUGUAUGUCGGGUCAUUACACUUCAACAUCACAGAAGACAUGCUCCGAGGCAUCUUUGAACCAUUUGGACGGAUUGAUAGCAUUCAACUGAUGAUGGACAGUGAAACGGGACGAUCUAAAGGAUAUGGCUUUAUCACAUUUUCUGAUGCCGAAUGUGCCAAGAAGGCUCUGGAACAGCUUAAUGGCUUUGAGUUGGCUGGCAGACCGAUGAAAGUGGGACAUGUGACGGAGCGCACUGAUGCCUCCACCGCCAGCUCCUUCCUGGACAAUGAUGAGCUGGAAAGGACUGGUAUUGAUCUGGGAACUACCGGAAGACUUCAACUCAUGGCCAGACUGGCCGAAGGUACAGGUCUGCAGAUCCCACCCGCUGCACAACAGGCCCUUCAGAUGAGUGGCUCCAUGGUAGCCAUGGCUGCAGCUACUGCUGCUAUGAACCCUGGAUUGAGUUUUAACAUCAAUGUGCCCACAAACCAAGCUAUGAAUCUACCAUCGCAACCAAUUGCAACACACUGUUUCCAGCUGUCUAACAUGUUCAAUCCAAACUCAGAAAAUGAUCUUGGUUGGGAAAUCGAAAUUCAGGAUGAUGUCAUUGAAGAGUGCAACAAACACGGUGGAGUCAUACAUAUAUAUGUGGACAAGAAAUCCGCUGAAGGUAAUGUCUAUGUGAAGUGUCCCACCAUUCCUGCUGCCAUGGCAGCAGUCAGUGCGUUACAUGGACGCUGGUUUGGAGGUAAAAUGAUCACAGCAGCUUAUGUCCCUCUUCCUACAUACCACAACCUUUUCCCAGAGUCAGUGCAGGCUACACAGCUUCUUAUGCCCAGUCGCCGGUGAUCAAUCAUCUCUGGAAGAUUCACAUUUUUCAGCCUUGCUCUUUUUAACUUUUGGACGACAAUAACAGCAAGCUGUCGCAUUUGUUUUGUUUCCUUUAAGUUGGUUACAAAACCAGUAAGGUUAACUUCACUUGCAUAUUGUCCUUACAGGUCUUGGACAUCGAGAGAAGUUCUGUGGUUUAAAAAAAGUUUCCUAUGUACAGCCUACUUGUUGAAUUUUGCUUCUUGAUCUUUUAUUGUUCGUACAUAUUUUUUUUUUUCCCCCCUUCCACAUAUAUUGUCUUUGUGAUAGAUCUGAUUGGCUUGUUUCUCACUUGAGGAAGUGUACAAUAUUGCCAGAUACACAAUAUAAAAUAAGUCUUGAUUUAAACUCUGCAAUUUUGAUCAAACAUCAACAUAUUCAGCUUUUUGGCUCUAUGAGCUGUGGGAACUAAAUGGCUGACAAAUAUCUUUUGUGUUCGUUUAGAGACCAUAAGGUUUAGAAACAUCUUGUUUUUUCUAAUCAAGAUUUGAUUUUUGUAAAGUCCUUGAUGAAAGUUAAUUUCAAAUAAAGCCAAGAUAACUGAAA